AACACUUUGGAAAAACUAAUGGGCCAUAUACAGCCCAUUUAGAGAAUAUGAUUUCAAGCCCACCUCAAUAAUCGCUUGAAGACUAGUUCGUAGGAAAAAGGUUCGAGAAAGAUCUCUCUCUCUCUCUCUCUCUCUCAGUCGUCUUCUUCCCGGUCUCAAUCGGUAGAUCGCUCGGAGAAUAUUUGCAUCAGCCUCCGUGAAGGCGCCAACGAAUCGGUGAGAAUCGAACUUUCGAUCAAAGAUGUCGAUGACCGACGAGCCGCUUUACCCCAUCGCUGUCCUCAUAGACGAGCUUAAGAACGAUGACAUUCAGCUAAGGUUGAAUUCGAUCAGGAGGCUUUCCACGAUCGCUCGCGCUCUCGGCGAGGAGAGGACGAGGAAGGAGCUGAUUCCCUUUCUGAGCGAAAACAAUGACGAUGACGAUGAGGUGCUGCUUGCAAUGGCUGAAGAGUUGGGAGUGUUUAUUCCUUACGUUGGUGGCGUUGAGCACGCGCACGUUCUGCUUCCACCGUUGGAGACGCUCUCCACGGUUGAGGAGACUUGUGUGAGGGAGAAAGCUGUUGAGUCGCUUUGUAGAGUUGGGUCUCAGAUGAAGGAGAGUGACUUGGUUGAGCAUUUCAUUCCGUUGGUUAAGAGACUUGCAGCUGGUGAGUGGUUCACAGCCAGAGUAUCAGCUUGUGGGGUUUUCCAUAUUGCAUACCCUAGCGCCCCAGAUGCGGUGAAGACUGAGUUGAGAUCAAUAUAUACCCAGCUCUGUCAAGAUGAUAUGCCAAUGGUGCGAAGAGCUGCAGCAACCAAUCUGGGGAAAUUUGCUGCUACUAUUGAAUCAGCUCAUUUGAAGACUGACGUUAUGUCUAUGUUUGAUGAUCUUACUCAAGAUGAUCAAGAUUCCGUUAGAUUAUUGGCGGUUGAGGGUUGUGCUGCUCUUGGGAAAUUGUUGGAGCCUCAGGACUGUGUUGCGCACAUUCUUCCCGUCAUUGUUAAUUUCUCGCAGGAUAAGUCUUGGCGUGUGCGUUACAUGGUAGCAAAUCAGCUUUAUGAGCUUUGUGAAGCCGUGGGACCUGAGCCUACUAGGACGGAACUGGUGCCUGCAUAUGUGCGUCUACUUCGUGACAAUGAGGCUGAAGUACGCAUAGCGGCUGCUGGAAAAGUUACUAAGUUUUGUCGGAUCCUAAACCCUGAACUUGCUAUUCAGCACAUUCUCCCGUGUGUAAAGGAGCUAUCAACAGACUCAUCUCAACACGUCAGAUCUGCAUUGGCCUCAGUUAUAAUGGGAAUGGCUCCGGUCUUGGGCAAGGAUGCCACAAUUGAGCAUCUCCUUCCAAUCUUUCUUUCUCUGUUGAAAGAUGAGUUUCCUGAUGUACGCUUGAACAUUAUCAGCAAACUUGACCAAGUGAACCAGGUUAUUGGGAUAGAUCUGCUAUCACAAUCCUUGUUGCCAGCAAUUGUAGAACUUGCUGAAGAUAGACACUGGAGAGUAAGACUUGCUAUCAUUGAGUACAUACCUUUGUUGGCAAGUCAGUUAGGUGUUGGCUUCUUUGACGAUAAGCUUGGCGCUCUUUGCAUGCAAUGGUUACAAGACAAGGUUCACUCAAUCCGCGAGGCUGCUGCAAACAAUGUGAAGCGGCUUGCUGAGGAAUUUGGUCCUGAGUGGGCAAUGCAGCAUAUAGUUCCUCAGGUUCUUGAGAUGAUCAACAACCCUCACUAUCUAUACCGUAUGACCAUUUUGCGUGCGGUUUCUCUUCUUGCACCAGUGAUGGGCUCAGAGAUCACAUGCUCCAAGCUCUUACCUGUAGUGAUGACUGCGGCUAAAGACAGAGUUCCAAACAUCAAAUUCAACGUCGCUAAGGUGCUUCAAUCCCUCAUUCCAAUUGUCGAUCAAUCGGUUGUCGAGAAGACGAUUCGUCCUGGGCUUGUGGAGCUAAGCGAGGAUCCAGAUGUUGAUGUUAGGUUCUUUGCAAACGAAGCUCUUCAAUCUAUUGAUAAUGUGAUGAUGUCUAGCUAAAAAAACUUUUAAAUCUCUGUCUAUCUCUCUCCCUCUCCCUGGUUUUAUAUUUGAUGCAAUAUUCUGAACUCUCAAGACUUUGUAACGCAAGUAACUGAGAACUCUUGUUUUGUGUUUUUUUUUCUUUCAUGCAAACAGCCUAAGUUGUCUACUGUCUUGUGUUAUGUUGUGGUUGUUUUUUUUUUGUAAGUUGUCCGUUUUAGUUAUUGAACAUUUUUCGCAGAACA